AUGGCUACCAGACACGAUCAGGUUAACCGUGAGGUUAAGAAUAUCUCCGAGUCUCUGCGCAAACUGGUCGCUCUAAAUGCGGUCAAACAGUCAUACGCGAACCUCUUCCAGAGCUAUCUCAGAGAUGUGACCAAGCGCGUGGUGCCGGCUCCAACACGUGUCAACUACCAACCGGCCAAGAACGAGGGCUGUCGAGUGCCCAAGAUCGACAACUCUCAAGCGUCCGAGCGCAAGUGCGUCAGCACCGCCAAGACCACCAUCAACAGCUUGAAUGCGAGCGGGGGGCGCUUCACACGUUGUGACGCGAAGCCUCACAGCACUGUGGACAUGCAUCUUCUUGAUGCCACAGAGGCCGAUCUCGCUAGCAUGGACAAAAUCUCGUUCGUGACCCUAGAGCCGCUAGCAACUAGCCGCUCAGAUGAUGAGCACGUUGAUGCGGUGGAUAUCUGGGACAUCGGUCCUCCGUCGCCCACAGCGGAAGAGGUUGAUGACUUCUCAUCCUUAAUCAAGCGAACAAUGAGUCUCUCGAGCGGUGCAAGCUCCCAGACUGCGCCGAGCCCGCCCCCUAAGCCAGCCAAUGCCGAGAAGACCAACGAUACCAAGCCAAUCGCUCCCAGAACUAUCAAGCCCAAGGACCACAGCAAUAAUCAGGUAUUGAUCUGCCCAUACUGGGUCAGCGCGCCGCUUCUCGGCUGGACCAGGCUUGGCUGCGGCCACAAUGGUGACCACGGUCUAUUCGUCCACCGCAAGAUCCAGGGUCUCCCUAUGGAGCCACUGGAGUGCGCGUUCCAUCACCAGCGAAAGUGCAGGAACGGUGAGAGCUGCCCCUUGGUGCACGGUCCCACACUGCACGGCUGUAUUGCCGAUCUGCCCAAGCGUGAGCCUUCAAAGCGCGAUGCUGCGGCGGGUUCCAAGGCUGGGCAGGGCAAGGCUGCUGGAGACCAGUCAAAGGUGCGCGGCUAA